UGAAGACUGACGGCGACGGGACAAGCAACCAGCCUUUUGCUCGCGCUGCCGCCACUGCUCCAGUCUCCUGGAAUCAGAGAACCGAACCGAUCUGAGCCGGUUUUUGUUAGAUUCUGGUCUUUAGGCAAAAAAACCGCCAGACCCGGUCCGGCACCCCUUCCUAUAAUACGGAACUGAAGCAGUUGUGCUUUUUCGCGAAAGGCGUGAUUGUCCCGCAAGAAAGAUGGCGGGAAUAACUGGCGCCACCAAAUCGAAAACACCAUUCUUCUUCGCGGGCAUUUUUCUAUAUUAAAACAAGAGUCUCUGCAAUUUUUGCUCUCAAAUUUUUAUCUCCAUUUCUUGGAACGCUAGCAAUAUUUUUCUAACUCGAUCUCACAGGCUCCUAAAGAUGACGCAAUCAGAGGUACAGAACAAUGGCAUUGAAGUCAAAGAACCAUCACCUAAAAUCCCCAAGCUCGACCACAAUGGCGUCCACGAUGUUCCUCAAUGCCCUCCGUCUCCACUUCGAGUGAAGAAGCUCUCAGAUAAAGCUGUUUUGCCUUCUAGGGCUUCUCUUCUCUCAGCUGGUUACGAUCUUUCCAGUGCGACUGAGACUAAGGUGCCCGCUAGAGGGAAGGCUCUCGUUCCAACAGAUCUGAGUAUUGGCAUCCCUGAAGGAACCUAUGCCCGUAUAGCCCCGAGAUCAGGUCUGGCAUGGAAGCAUUCGAUUGACGUUGGUGCCGGCGUGAUUGACGCAGAUUACAGAGGCGCAGUCGGGGUGAUACUGUUCAAUCAUUCUGAUGUCGAUUUCGAGGUGAAAAUAGGUGAUAGGAUCGCUCAGUUGAUCAUCGAGAAGAUUGUGACGCCCGAUGUGGUGCAGGUUGAGGAUCUAGAUUCGACCAGUAGGGGCGAGGGAGGGUUUGGAUCCACCGGCGUUUGAAGUCAUGGUUGAUCCACUGAUUAUUGUUACUAAUGGGGGCCUUAUUACGUGCCUGUGUAAUUCCUCUGACUAUAUGGUAGGCAAGAAGCGGCUGUUUCGUUUAUUAGACCUGGAAUUUUAAUGGCUGAAAUCAAGUACUAGGGUUUAGGUGCUUUAAGUUGAAACUCCUCGCUUGCAUUUUGGGAAUUUCGUCAAUAUUUUAGAUUUCUCAAUAUCCAAUGCGAAGUGUGAUUCUUUCCUCAGCAUUUUCACUUACACAAGUUCAAUUAGGAAUUAUAAGAAUUUAGCGGACUUUUAUUAAUAUUUUGU